UGAGGAAGUGAGAAGGGGUUGUUGAUAGGUUUGUCUUCACAGUAAAGAAGCUGCAGAAUGCUUUAACGUCGGAGGGGCGCAGUUAUCGAGAUGAACAUCUCUCCAUUAUAAAAGCUUGAGGUUUCAGUGAAGAUGGCGUCAAACUGGCCGGAGAGGGUUGGUUGUUUUUGCAGCUGUCCGUCUGACUUCCUGUCGGGAACAAACCCUGAGGUGUUCCUGACGGAGCUGCUGAGGGAGCUCCGAGAUGACAGAGUCAGCUACAACCUGAAGGUGGUCCUGUUGAUGCCCCUCUGUGAGUACCCGACCCUGCUGUGUCUGUCAGAAUCUGCAGGGGAAGAGACAGCGUUGGACCUGAUGUCGGUGUUCGCCCAGUGUCCACCCACGUCCACCCAGUUCCGCUGCCAGCUCCUGGUGGCCCUCACCUGUGUCCUCAUCUGCUCCUCCUGUGCACGCAAGCGUUCCCGAGCGUCCCUGGACUUCCUGGACYUGAUUUUUCAGGUGGCUCAGGAUGUGGGUGACAUCAACAACCUGCAGCGCUCCCUCCGGGCCACAGCUUGUGACUGCCUUCGAGAGCUGGAGGCCUGCAGCCCGGGUCUCCUCUCCCAGCGCCUGGAGCGCCUGGGUGAGCUGCGGCAGCAGGAGACCUCGGGGCUGCACCAGGUCUACGCGGGUCUUCAAACUGUGGUCCUUAGAAACGGAGUGUAUCAGCUGAGUCGGGAACCAGGAGCGGGGGCCGAGCAUCUUAAAGCUCUCCUAGGAGGAAACACUUCGGCUGUGUGGGAAGCAGAGCAGGACUCACUUCAGAUGACAGGCGAAGACUCCCCUGGACUGGCCUCUCUGAUCCUGGGCUCAAUGGGCUCGGUGCUGACACUGCACACCGGAGCGGACUGUAAGGAACUGAAAUCUGUCCUGUCCUCUCUGUUAGAGGAGUCCUACCUUCUCACCCCGCUGUGCCAGGCUGCACUCCUACACAGACUCACAGAGGUGGUUGCCAUGGUACCUGGGAUCACUCCGGCCAUAUUACGAGCUCAGCUGCUGCGACUGCUGGGAACCAGCGAGGUGUGUCUGUUCCAUGUGGCCCUGCUGAUGAAGAGCGCCUUCACAGACAGCCUGUUCAGCGCUGAGGACGAGGCCUUCCUUCUAAAGCGGUUGGUGGUCCUGUCCCAGCACCCUGUCCUCAGCACUCCUGAGAAGCUCUUCUACAUCGACUGCAUCCUGCACUUCCCAGAGAACCGGCCAAUCGGCUGCGGCGAUGGCGACGAAGCCCUUCCUGUGCUGUUAACCCCCCAGCUGGCCUCAGCCCUGCUGCCCACUGUGUUCAACGACGGCCCCACCCUGCUGGCUCGGCUCCGCCUGCUGUCCCUGGUCUACCUGGAGGAGGGGGAGCUCGGGGGGCUAACCUACCUGUACGAUCAGCUGAUGUCACUGCUGCGUGUCGUAGGGAGCGGAGGCAGCAGAGAGAUUGUGGUGACCUUCUUCAGAGCCGUCUUCCUCUUCCUCCUUUCCUUUAGCCACGUGGAGCGGUUCUGUUCGGGUCUGAGCGGACAGCUGUGUCAGCUGUACCUGCAGCACCCCCAGCUGGCUCCUCACCUCAUCAACAUGGCCGAUCAGACUCAGGAGAGCCUGUUCGAGUCCAGCUGGCCUUUAGAGCUACUGAGGGGCCUCCAGAAGGUGAUCACAGAGGCCCCGCUGACCCAGCUCACCCUGCGGUCCCUCAGCUGGCACCUGAAGGUUCUGGCUCGGGUGGCAGAGGAAGCAGAAGUCUGCCAGCACAGCUCCCUGGGCUUCCUGUCCAGCAUCAUCACCCCCUCCUCUCCUUUGUGUGCAGAUGGCGACUGGCAUCUGGGAAACGACAUGCUGAGAGUCUGCCGCUGCUUGCUCCUCCACCCCUCUGUGGACUCGCUGCUCGUCCCUCUGGCGGACAUCCUUCAGCACCUCACGUGUUGUUAUGGAGACACAGACAUUCAAGACCACGCCCGCCUGUACUACACCCUCCUCACCACGUUGUCCCAGGAGAAGCUGGCAGCAAUGCUGGCACAGGGCUCGAGUGAAGGUGGACAUCAGGUCAAAAAGAGAACCCUCUCAUGCCUCAUGGCUGAGAGCGAGGGGCUGACGAGCGCACUGACCAUUCACCGGACAGACAGGCCUGUACUCUGUUUGACUCAGGCUCCUGAACAGCCAACAGAAACUAAAACUUGUGUCCCAGAUCAGAACAAGGUACAGGAACCUCUGGAAWCCUACAGAGCUCAGUUCACUGACCCUCAUUUUGCCUCAGAAAUGACCCUGAAAUACCAGCUGACCCACACGGAGGACUCUGACCCCCGAUUCCACCAGAUCUUCAGCAUUCGCCUCCACUUCUGCCUCACCCACCAUCACUAUGAGCAGCUGGAGGACAUCAGCGUCCCGUGUCUCUUCAGGGAGCGACCACCGCCUGUGGUCCAGCUGAGACUGAAACCCCAGCAGCCUUACCCAAACACCCUUCAUGUCAGCGCCAUCUUCACCACCUGCGACGGGUUCACCUGGCUCACCGACCUGCCUGAUGUUCACGUGGCCUUCCAGCAGCUCUUCAUGCCCCUGCCUGCACCUCCAGCCUGGAGUCCAGGGAGCAGACUGCAGCUGUUCCAARAACUCUGGGACGACAUCUGCUCUGAAAGCGGAGGUGGAAGCCGCAGCCUGUUCUGCUGCCAACUGAGGGGCGUGGCUCUGAGGAUGCUGCUGAACAAGCACCUGCUCCCCUUCCUUUUGUCAGACCCAUGUGGUCAAGAAGAGUUCCAGGUUCUGUUGUACCUCCCUCCACAGAACCACUUGCUGCUGAACAUCAGAGCCGAGGAGGACACCGUGCACUUCAACGUCACCACUGAUAACUGGCAGCUGCUGCCGCACCUGAACUCUUACCUGUUGACCAUCACAUCUUCACAGCGUGCUGUCAGCUGACACAACAGUUUUAGACCAAAGCAGUUGUUUUAACAUCUUCGUUUUGUUCAAUUCCAAUGAAUAAACUUCAAAGUUGAUUGAAA